AUGAUGAAAAGGGAUGGAAAAGAACUGGAUGGUGAUCAACCACCGAAAAAAAUGCAAAAAAUAGAAAACGGUGGGCCCAUUGUUAGGUUUUUGAUACCAGCCCGUGCAGCCGGUUUGAUUAUUGGACGAGGAGGUGAAAACAUAAAAAGAAUCCGCAAUCAGUUCUCAGUUCAACUACAUAUCCCCGAUUCACGAAGCACUGAACGUGUCUUCACUAUCGAAGGUGAUUUAGACAAAAUAUGUGACGUUUGGCGUGAUAUACUUCCAAAAGUUAAGGAAAUAAUCAGUGCUAAACUGUCUGAUCCCAAAGUAAUCAUGGGCCAACAAAGGAUACAACGUCGUAAAUGGAAUCAGGGUGAUGGUGACCAACAAGACGGUGGUAAUAAAGACGAUGCUGAUGAUAAAAUGAUUGAUAUUCGAGUGUUGAUACAUCAGAGUAUUGCUGGUUUCAUUAUCGGUAAGGGUGGUGAGAAGAUUCGCGAUAUGAAACAAAAGCAUCAGAUGCGGGUGAUAAAGGUCUAUCAAAUGUUGGCGCCUGGUUCUACUGAUCGAGUUGUCCAACUUAUUGCUGAAUCAGAGAACGCGAUUCAGUGCUUGUAUGAAAUCCUUAACGUUGCUGAAAAAAUGCAGGUUCGUGGUCCAGUUGAGAAUUACGAUCCGGCUAAUUUCAGUGAACCUGAUGCAUUGACCUACGGAGGUUGGCUUUCCCCAGAAGGCUUAAAGGCCCUCUCUCAGGGCAUGCCAAUCGGUGGUGGCGGUAGUAUGAACAACGGCAAUACCCCCAAUCAAUAUAUGGGCCCAGGUGGGCCCCAAAACUACAUCCGACCACCUCCACCCGGUGUCUACUUGUCUGGGCCACCACAGUUUCAGCCGCAAUCACCCCAACGUGGAAUGCCACAACAAAUGUAUCAGCAACAUCAGCAGUUUGCUCCUCGUGGGGGUAUGCCUCAUUCCUCGUUGAGGCCUCAACAGCCAUGGAGCUCCUACCCUGACGGUGGAGGCAAUGGCUAUGGCAACGUAAAUGGUGGUUUCCAACAGCAGCCACAACCACCAAUGCCUGUGACCCCAUCACAAACACCGAUUGGAACUAAUCAACAGCAGCAAAUGACUGGUCCAAUGAUAGGAUACAAUAAUACUUCGAGUGCUGGUAGCAUGUAUGGUAUGGGACAGAUGAACUCUCCUCCCAGAGGUGGAUAUAACAUGCCUUCACAGCAACAACAAGGAUAUCCUGUCAUUAGUGCCAGCUUAUAUGCUUAUGUGAAAGGUGGUGUGAUGAAUGUCGAUUAA